UGGCAGAGGUGAAAGGAAACAAACACAUUGAGCAGAUUUAAGGGUUAAUUUCGACUUUAACGAGGAAAUCUGGAUUUAUUCCGUUUUUAUUUCCGAGAACAUUGACACGGAGGGACGUACAUCUAAAAAAUUCAAACAUAAAACAACAACAACAACAACAAACAGCAUAAAAAUGAAGAAUCUGGGCGAGUAAACUCCAUUCUUAUGAAGUGAAAUUAAAAUAUAACGCAUUUAUAGUGAAUUAAUAGUCAAAUCCACAUUUAAUCUGUAAUUAUACAGAGUAAAAUCAACUUCACAGUAGAUAUGACACUAUUAAACAUCUUAUGAAUGCCGUAUCGUAUUAUAGUAAUAGCCCUGGAGUUAUCAUAAAAUAAACUAGUAUUACUAACUAUAAAAUAUAUUGCUAGGAGUUUUGUUGUCAUUAUAACAUUAGAUUAAAUUCAUUUAGCCUAAUCGAUCAUUGUAAUUACUUGUAAUGGCAGUAAAUAGCUCUUUCGGAUUAAAGUGAAAAAUAAAAAAAGUCAGAUUACUUAUAUUAAAUGUUGUAGAGAAUUAGUGUAAUGACAGUGAGAUAAACAUUAGUUUCAUAUGUGAUCUAUUGAGGUCAUUUGGGUGAAAGUCAGAUUAUAUCCUGUUCACAUUAGAAGUUCAAUAAUCCAGUGGGAUCCAGUAUAAUGUCUGUUGGUGGUACUGAAUGUGCCCAUCAGUUUCCUAUAUGAGGUGCUGAGUUCAAGUGGGUGUUUUUUAAUGGGAGGCGGGUUGAUCUGCUCUGAGAUCAGUGGGCGAAUCUUGCACAGAUGGUGGAGGUACCGGCUCUGGCCCGGUUGGAGUCCCUGGCCCGGUAUGUUCACAAAGCAGCCAGUGAGGGGCGAGUCCUGACCCUGGCUGCCCUUCUGCUGAACCACUCCACGGUCCAGACCCGAUACCUGCUGGAGUUUGUGACCCAGGUGGCCGGACAGAGAUCCACACCGCUCAUUAUUGCUGCUCGGAAUGGACAUGACAAGGUCGUCCGACUGCUUUUGGAUCAUUACAAGGUGGACACUGAACAAACGGGGACUGUCAGGUUUGACGGGUAUAUCAUUGAUGGAGCCACAGCUCUUUGGUGUGCAGCUGGCGCUGGGCAUUUCGAGGUGGUACGCUUGCUGGUCUCGCACAACGCCAACGUGAACCACACCACGCUCACUAACUCCACCCCUCUCAGGGCUGCGUGCUUCGAUGGACGACUGGACAUCGUACGGUACCUCGUAGAGCACACCGCAGACAUCAGCAUUGCCAAUAAGUACGACAACACUUGUUUGAUGAUAGCGGCCUACAAGGGCCACACGGAUGUUGUUUUCUUCCUGCUUGAACGUGGCGCGGAUCCAAACGCCAAAGCGCACUGCGGUGCCACCGCACUGCACUUUGCUGCCGAGGCCGGGCAUCUGGACAUCGUGAAGGAGCUUGUACGAUGCCAAGCAGCUAUGGCGGUUAACGGUCAUGGAAUGACGCCCCUCAAGGUGGCAGCAGAGAGCUGUAAAGCGGACGUCGUAGAGUUGCUGCUUACGCAUGCGGAUUGCGAAGUAGCCAGCCGUAUCGAAGCGCUAGAACUGCUUGGCGCAUCCUUCGCCAACGACCGAGAGAAUUACGACAUUCUUAAGACCUACCACUACUUAUACCUGGCCAUGCUGGAACGACAUCGCGAUCCAGAGAGGGUCACCGCCAAGGAGUUUUCGGCACCUGUCGAGGCGUACGGAAGACGGGCGGAAUGCCAAACUUUGCAAGAGUUAGAGGCCAUUAGGCACGAUCGCAAUGCAUUACACAUGGAAGGCCUGAUGAUUCGCGAAAGAAUUCUGGGAGCGGAUAACAUCGAUGUGUCACAUCCCAUAAUAUACCGUGGGGCCGUCUACGCUGACAACAUGGACUUUGAGCAGUGCAUCAAGCUGUGGUUGCAUGCCUUGCACUUACGUCAACGAGGAAAACGCAGCACGCAUAAAGACCUCUUGAGAUUUGCGCAAGUGUUCUCGCAAAUGGUGCACUUAAAGGAGCCGGUCCAGGCGUGGGACGUGGAACAAGUUUUGCGCGCCAGCAUCCUGGAGAUCCGCCUCAGCAAGGAGCGUGUGGAGACCGCCACAGAUGCGGAAUUGCCUGGGGCCACUGACAACUACGAAUCCAAUGUGUUUACCUUCCUCUACCUGGUUUGCAUCUCCACGAAAACCCAAUGCAACGAAGAGGAAAGAGCGCGUAUUAACAAACAGAUCUAUGACCUGAUACGACUCGAUCCGCGCUCCAGAGAGGGGUCCUCACUUCUGCACCUAGCGGCGAGCUCUAGUACGCCCGUAGAUGACUUUCACACCAAUGACGUGUGUAGUUUCCCCAACGCACAAGUGACGAAAUUGCUAAUAGACUGUGGCGCAGAGGUCAACGCAGUUGAUCAUGACGGAAAUAGUCCGUUACACCUCAUAGUACAAUACAACCGGCCAAUCAGUGACUUCCUCACCCUCCACGCCAUCAUUAUUAGCCUCGUAGAAGCCGGCGCUCAUACAGACAUGACCAACAGACAAAAGAAGACUCCGCUUGAUAAAAGUACGACUGGCGUUUCGGAAAUCCUUCUGAAGACGCAAAUGAGGAUGAGUCUGAAGUGUCUGGCGGCUCGUGCCGUUCAACAACAUAAGAUCUUGUAUCACGACCAAAUCCCUAAAAGUCUUGAAGAGUUUGUCGAAUUUCACUGACAGUUCAUUUUAUUGUCGCCGAAUCUGGUUUUAUGUUUUAGAGUUCGAUCUAACUUGUGAAAUGGUGCUGAGGACUCUUGGAUUGAGGUUAGACGUUUCUUCCGAACUCUACGAACUCAGCCCAAAUUUCGUGAUUGCAGAAUAUGCACAUCCUAAUUUACCUGUUGAUCCAGUUGGAAGUUGGCGGUUCCUGGGAUAUUGACACUUUUUAGAAAGAUUGGUUCUUUUUUUACUCGCCAAAGAGGACAUUGAUACAUCUAUAUUGACAAGUGACGGCAAAAGACUCUUAUUUUGAAAUAUUAGAUUCCUCGUUGGGUUUCGAUAAGCGCCCAGCUGGAUUUUAACCUACGUUGAACUUGGUUACGACAAACGAACGGCUCUUUUUAACAGCUGCUUUUUUGUCAACUCGUAUGGUUUUGUUUUCUUAACAUAUUUUAUUAGAUGAGGUUUAUUUAAAAACAAAAGUCUAAAAAUGUCUAUUUUAUAAGGAAUCAAUGGCCAUGUGUUGAUGUCCUAAAACUAAACUCGUCUGUACCGGGCAAUUUGUUUUAUUUGAAUACUAAAAUGUGCCUGUAACUAGAAGUUGGGCAUUUAUUAUUAUUGGUUCUAUUUUGUUUAUUUUCAACUCUCAUUUAAACAUGAAGCUUCUGUAAUGGCAAUUAGUGAAUCAUUUUGACUUGCAUUAACAAACACUUUGCUGGAGCUCAGUUUGAUUCAUGGGGCCUUAAUUUGAAUGGUUGUGUGUGUGUGUGUGUGUGUGUGUGUGCGCGCACGUGCUUGAAUGCAUGUUUGCAUGGAUAUGUUGGAAUUUGAAUGUCUAAGGUUUUUUAUAACCUCUGUUUGCACCAUAUUUUACUCUUUAAUAACUGGAGAUUGCUCAAUAUGUCUUU